AUGUUAGACUGUAUUACGUAUCCUUGCGGACAUCGGUGUGUGCAAGACUGUCACCCGGGUCAGUGUAAAAACGAGAACGAGUGCAACAAGAAAGUGAAAUUAUUCUGUUCAUGUAAACGGAUAAAAAAAGACUUCGUCUGUUCGACGGUGCAAAAACAGCAGAUUCGUAUACAAUGCGACGAUGUUUGCAAGAAGUUGAAAAACGAGCGAAGCCAAGCGGAAGCUAUUUUAUUGGAACGAAAACGCCAAGCUGAAGAGAUACGCAAUCAAGAGGAAAUUGAGAAAUUUGAACGGAAAUUCAAACCGCGUCGCAAAGGAAAGGAGAAAUUUGAUAAGAAACAAUCGCAAAGAGAAACAA